UACUGUAUGUACAGGAAUAUUUAUUUAUUUAAUUUAUUUCAUAAAAUUGAUACUUCACUUGAUUGUAAAAAACAAACAACCACCCUCAAAGCAGUUAACAAAAAAGAUGAAACAAAAAAUAUCAAUAAGAAAAAUUAACAAUAAUUUAAGACUUUCAAAGAGUUAAAUGUAACAAUAGAUUCUAUAACAUAAAAACUUGCAUCAACUUUCUAAACAGCUAGGUAGGCUUGUCGAAACAAGAAUGUCUUGGGCAGGUACCUAAAAGAGUACAGUAAAGGUGCCUUGCCAGUUGUCAGUAGGCAGGAAGUUCCAAAGUGUAGGUGCUGCAACACUAAGAAAGCAAUUUCUUACAAAUGUGUAACAGGUAUUUUGUGGCACCCAUAACAGUGCCAGUUCCAGCAAUCAAAGCAGUUGAUUGGGCAUAUAUAGGGUCAGGCAAUCUCAUAUGGUAGGUAAACUGACCCCAAGAUGUUAAGGGCUUUAUAUACUGAUAGCUUUUCAAAAUAUGUCUUUGGAGCACCCUCUAGGGAAAUUUUGUUGGUUUUGCUAGGUAUGGGCUACUCCCCCCCCCUAGAAUGUACAUGUGAUGAUUCUUAGAAUAAUACUUAUAUUUGGCUUCCAGUUCUGCUCUGCCUUAAUGGAGGUAGCCCCCAUGACAGUGGGAGAUCGUUGGUGUAGGAAAAACAAGGAUGAUUGAGGGUAAUUAUCCUUGCAAGUUUCCCCCAGGGAUAGGGAGAACGGGCUUCACUUGCAGUUCAUCUUGGUACCUGGUUCUUGCUCUGGCAUGGAAUGUGGGGGGCAGGGAGGUGCUGAGUGCAAAAGCACUUUGCCUGCCAAAAACCCUCCAACACUGCCAUUAAGAAGCAGAGGUUCUCCUGGUAAUUAGAGUUUAAUUGCACUAAAGUAUAGACACAUGCUAGAAGAGAUGAGAUCACAAACUGCGAAACAAAACCAACUGCAAGGACUUUAAGGUUUGAACUUGAGAUAAGACUUCAUUCGGUGCAAAAAAUAGUGGGGGGAGCCUACAGUUCCUUUAUUUAAAGUUUUCUUCUCUACAUUUAUGAUUCAGCAACCCUCAUCUGAAUGUUCAAAUUAUAUUUGUACAAGCAAGGAUGGAAGAAAUUGGAUUAUAAAUAUGGAAUAUAACAUCAAACAGAACUGUGUGUGUAAAAAAAGAAAAAGGGGAGGGUAGCUCUAUUUUGGAAAAGGUAUACAAUUGAAACUUAGAGCUGACUCUUCCCACCCUUUAUUAUUUAUGGAGUGAACUGAAUAACACUAAGAGGAUUUAAUUUAAUUGGAAGUAUAAUUGCUCAUAUAUCUCCAGUUGGAAGGAAGAAUGAAAGGAGUCUGUGAACUGCCAAGGAACUGAGAAGAUUCUUUAUUGAGUCAUCUGCAGUUCGACAGACAGCUCUUCUUCCCAGGCUGAGAGGGAAAAUGGUGAAAAUCGGUUAUUUAUUGGGACAGAGUGACCUUUGCAGCUGUUGUUAAAGUUGCAAAAUAUCAAAGCGGGACAGAGCGAUGGAGAAAUUUCUAGAACAACAAUGGGAUAGCGCCGCCCAAAGCAUGAUGGAUAACAUCAACAACAAGGAGAAAGAAAGACAUAACAUCUUACAAGGACAGGAAGAAACACCACGGUCAGAAUAAUUGCCACUCACAGGAAGAACAAGUUACAGGGCGAAGCCCUGCUGAUUCCCUUCCAAGAUGCCGUUGGUGAAGAGAAACAUAGAACCUCGUCACCUCUGCCGUGGAGCCCUUCCAGGUGGGGUUACCAGUGAGCUGGAAUGUGUGACCAACAGCACUUUAGCCGCCAUCAUUAAGCAGCUGGGGAGCCUCAGCAGACAUGCUGAAGACAUAUUUGGGGAGCUUUUUAAUGAAGCCAAUAGUUUCUACAUGCGGAUGAAUUCCCUGCAGGAGCGAGUGGAUCUUCUGGUGAUCAAGGUCACCCAACUGGACUCCACUGUGGAAGAAGUCUCGCUGCAGGAUAUCAACAUGCGGAAAGCCUUCAAGAGCUCCACCAUUCAGAACCAACAGGUGGUGUCUCGCAAUUCCAUCCCAAACCCUGUGAUGGAGAUGUACCAGCGGUGCGAUAAGCCCCCGCCACUCAACAUCCUUACUCCUUACAGAGAUGACAAGAAAGACGGUUUGAAGUUUUACACGGACCCUUCAUAUUUCUUCAACUUGUGGAAAGAGAAGAUGCUGCAGGCAACAGAGGACAAGAGGAAAGAGAAACGCAGGCAGAAGGAGCAGCGGCUGGUUGAGGACUCCACCAGGGAAGUGAAGAAAGUGCGAAAGGCUCGCAACCGGCGGCUGGAAUGGAACAUGAUGGCAUACGAUAAGGAAUUCCGGCCCGAUAACAGGUUCUCACCAUCCCCAUAUCACAUGGCCUCAUCGGAAGGAUCACUGUCCCCAGAUAAUAGAUCUUAUGCGUCAGAUGCAGCUGAUCAUUCAUACCCGGCCAGCCCUAACCAUCCUGCCCAGCAGAUAUUAGCUCCAGCCUCACACCUGUCAGCAGACAACAAAGAGGUCAUCCUGGUGGCUAACCAGGCCCAGGAACAUGUCUACAGGCCCUCAGCAGCAGGAAGCCGGCAGAACAGUCUCAACCGGGUCCAACAGCCCCAUGUACCGCAGCCGUCAGAGACUAUGCUAAAUGGACCGAGGCCUCAGAUAGUCAAGGAUUAUGGCCCACAGCAAGUGCCAAUGGCCGAGUACUUUGUGCCACCUGCUCCCCCUCCUCCUCCCCCGGUGAUACCCUCCGCUCAAACUGCCUUUGACAGCCCUAUCUCUGCCCCUCCCACCAUGGCGCCCAAUGCAGCUGCCACUGCUGCUCACUCCUCUUACGCACCUUCCCCUCCACCAGCCCCACCUUGCCCCUACUCUGCUUCUCCCCCUCAGACUGGCCCAAUGGGGCCCCCCGUUGCACCUCCGCCCCCUCCCCCUGGACCCCCAACGAUUACCACCUCACCAGCUCACUUGGCCUCUCCCCCAGCCAUGACGGUUGAACCACGGAAGCCUCAGUUCCCGCUGAUACCAAUGAGUGAUGCCAGGAGCGACCUGCUUGCUGCAAUUCGUAGAGGGAUUCAACUCCGGAAGGUACAAGAGCAAUGGGAGCAAGAGGCAAAGAAAGAGCCAGUGGGCAACGACGUGGCGACAAUCCUCUCCCGCAGAAUCGCCGUCGAGUACAGUGAAUCAGAUGAUGACUCGGAGCUGGACGAGAAUGAAUGGUCAGAUUGAGAAGGGGCAGAGUGCUGCCUUGGAGAGGAUCCCCCCAAGUUCUUUUUGCCACCUUUCCACAGUCAGGUGUAUGUGUGUGUGACCAGGUGCCCCUGCGGGUAAAUUCCAGCUGCUGCCAGGUGCUCAUGUUCAGUGAGCUUUGCUUUCAUGCCAUGUUGCACUGUUGAAAUUUUUUUAAGGUGGCCUCUUUGUGGGCAAGUGUGCAUUAGUGACUUUUGUCUUUUGAAAAAAGCAUUUGGUGGUGGUGGACCAGCAGUUGACCAAUUUUUUCCCCAGGUGUGAGAAAUGGCAUUUGAGGCUUUGAAAGUCCUAGAAAAGCUAAAACAAACAACAACCACAACUCACUCCUGGUUCGGUUGUCAGUGUGGUCUAUUACAGCUUAAGAUAUGGUCCCAGAGAUAACAUGCAGAUUGAGGGAGCAGUCAAACACAAGAGACAAAGUUUUAAGGCUUAUUUAAGCAGAUGCACUUUCUAUGUUCCUGGGUAUGGUUGGGAAGCCUUCUUUCUGUGUAGAGUGGUGUCAUGGGUUAGGGGAAUGUGCUUUUACAUGCUUGUAAAGUUUCCUCUAUGGCUUAACAUUUUAGAGGCAAGUUCCAGAGAAGUAGCCGUGUUAGUCUGUUGUAGCAAAAGCAACAGAGUUUUGUGGCACUUUAAAUUAUCAUGAUGGCAGCUUUCAUGGGUCUAAGGUCACUUCAUCACAUGCAUGGUAAUUCACUUUUGAAGGUACAGAGAGAACCAAAACAUGUUGUUGUUGCUGGUUACAAAGUAGAGUUAAAACACAGCAGUAGGUGUAUUUCACUGUGAAGAGUGAAUACCAAUGAAUACCAGAGCCAAUUGAUUGAGUAUAAGUCAUUAUAAGAACAUAAGAAGAGCCUGCUGGAUCAGACCAUCUAAUACAGCAUCCUGAUACAAUCAGAUGCUUAUGGGAAGCCCAAAAGCAGGACUUGAGGGCAAUAGCACUCUACCCUCCUGUGAUUCGCAGUAACUGGUAUUCAGAGUCAUUGUGGUAUUAAUGAUAUAGGCAGUUUUUCAAAAUAUAAGGCAUUGCAAAACCUAGUAAGUGCACUGUGUUAGACAGCAACCACUUUAUUCUAUCUGUACUAAGGGAUAAGAACAUGUAAGUGGUCAUAUCAUGCAUGUAACAAAGUGAACUCUGAUCCACUAAAACACCUGUUUAGGCAACCAUCCCCCUGAAUGCAACCAGUGAUUUCAUUGUUUUAACAGUUCCUUUUUAAAAAAAUAACACCCCAACUGUAUUUAUUGUUAUGCUUUUUUAAUGGUUUAGUGCUUGGGGCUUGAGCUGCAAUUCUAUCUGCACUUUUCUGAAAGCUAGACCCACUGAUUAUAGCGAGACUUACUUCAGGGUAAACUUAAAUUAGAAAGCACUGCACAUGAGGAGUAACUUCAGUUGAAUUGGGGCCAAGCUGAUUUAUGACCAGUUCCUUCUUAAACACUGCUCCAAAGUUGUGACAAAGUGCUGUUUGUGUGUGGCAUCACUGUUUGGCCCUUGGCAUGGUAAACAGAAACAAACAAAAAUGAAAGGUCAAAAUGGUAAAAUAGCUUGUUUUGCAUAAUUUAUCCACCUUUCCAAAGUCAGUUUUUCUUGGUUGAGAAUCACUGCCAAGUGCCUCCAUCUUUCCAUUCGUAAACCAGAGGGAAAUCUUGUCUUGGCUCUGGUGCUUGUAACUUCUGUUCCAAGCAUUGCUCAAACAUCCAUCUCAAUACUUCCCCUUCAGCUUGGGGUUGCACACAAAGGGCUCUCCCCUCCCCAAAUCUCAGCUGCAGAGGAGGUUGAGGCCUCUCUUCUCACCCUUGCCAAAGAGUAGUGGAGCAAUCACCAUGGAGAUGGUGGCAGGUAGAAUUGCAGACCCUCCUCUGUGACAUCAGGAUAGGAAAUGCAGGGGAAAUAAGGUGGUGGGCCAGUCAGGUAUGGUGUUGGUUGUUUUUGUAAGCUGCUUGGGAUUGUUUAGCUGUUUUAGAGAUAAAUAGGUCAUAAUAGAAAACAAUUUCCGUAGAAUGGCUGGGGCAGUGGGGUUGGGAAGUUACCACUACAGUGUUCUAAGGUUAGCCCUGUGCAUUAUGUGUCUAGUGAACAACUGGGUGCAUUUUAGGGAUGAUACCUUAUGUAACAACAUCAUAUAAGCUAAGCAUUCCGCGUGAUUGGUUAUCGUUGUACUGUAUUAGUAUAGUGGCUUUGAUAUGAAGCAUCUAUUAAAAGGGUUAGGUUCAUUUCUUCUCCCUCUCACCUAUAUUAUUCUAGAAGAAUAUAUGUUAGCAUUUAUUUUCAAAGAAGAAUAUAUCUACAUAGUGAAGAGAUGUAUUCGUUAAGCUUUUAUUUUGUGUUGAUUAGUUAACGUAGUUGCUAGGUCCUAGGGGCUCUGAUUUGGGCAGAGGUGUUGAACAGCUUCCUCUUAAAGAUUGAUCAGAUAGGCAGAGUUUUGAAUCAGAAUUCAAAGGCUGGAUUUAAAGGCUUGACUUGUUCAUACAUGAGACAAGAACAGGAAAGGUUGCAUGGAAUAUUUUGUUCCCCCAUUCAUUAUAACAUCUGAGGGUGGCAGGAGGUAGAGAGGACAGAUUUCUCUCUCAGCAUAAGGUUGAGCUUGGUCCAGGAAAAUCCAUAUUAAAAGUACUGGGACUAAAUUUGCAUAUAAAACGAUAUUGCAGGUAAACUGGUCCCAUGUUGCUCAGGGCUCUAUAUACUAAUAGUAACAUCUUAAACUAGGCCCCGUUAGCAAAUUGGCAACCAGAGCAGGUUUCUGAGCACAGGUGCUCUGUUAGCAAGGUCUCGCUCCUGUCAACAAUCUUGCUGUAGUAUUCUGCACUAACUGCAGCUUCUGGGAUCAAGCUGCCAAACUGAACAGUUGAUUCCUUGCAAGUGCAGAACUCCCUUGACAUUCUUUUUUCUAAGUCCAGGUUCUGGGCCAUGAUGACACUGAGAGACAAAGUAAACACCUUUGCCACCAAUGUACUCUGCUUGCCUCUUACCUUGUAUUUCAGCGGUGGCCAAUGCCCAUCGAGACUGGUAGGAUGGAAGGCAGGGAGGCCAACAGUAGGUGGAGAUAGAGCUCAUGUCAGGCCCAGAUGACUAAUUCUCUUUCUGUCCCCACCUUCCUCCCUGCUAAGCCGUAAGUAAGCAGGGAUGCAGUCUGGAAGCACACUGAGGUUGGUGGUGCUCGGCCCCAUUCAUCCUAACGGACCAGCCUGCACUGAUGUUUCUUCUGGCUUAUGAGCUUCCAGCUACUAACAUGAGAUUCUGUGCACUUCUUCAUAGAGAGGACAAAAGCAAGUAAAACUAAAUAGCCUUUCUCACUCCACCUUUGUCACCCAACAGGACCAGGCAUCCAUCUCUGCAAGGUUGGAAGCAAUGGUUAAGUUGCAUACUGAAAUUUUAGACUGUAAUUUGCCCCCCACUCAAGUCUUUGUGGUAAGAGGGAAAAAAUAACCAAUUGAUGGCAUCUGGCUAUCACAGAAUUCAAGCUUCUUGUGGCAGGAUUUAUGUGUAGCUCUUAUUUGUCUCUUUUUGAGUUAGGCAUCAAUUGAUGCAGCAUUAUAUUUAGCAAACUAUACUGGGAAUGGUACUACUGAAUUAAACUUCACAGUUUAGAGCAGCUGCUGACGAAUACAAUAUGUAAAAAAAGGCUUCCUUCUCAUUCUGUUUGGGUGCCUCUGCCAAAAGUUAAGCCAGGCAGGGUUAUGCAACCCCCAGUAUUCAAAAAUCCCUAAAGAAGAUAAUAAUGCCCAUUUAAUAUUUAAACUGCUGCAUCUCAAUUGGCAGUCCCUCGUUAAGUUAAAAAUUUAUUUAUUUCACAAAAUUUAUACAUCACUUGGUUGUUUUGCUUUUUUUAAAAAAAACAACAACAGCAAGCCACAAAGUGGUUUUCAAGAAUAAUAAAAACAAUGGCACUGUUAGUUUAAAACAAUUAUUUAAACAUUCAGAAAUAAUUAAAUUAAUAAUUAAAUCAGCAACAUGCUAAAAACCAAAUUAAAACACGUGUCAACAUUCUUACCUGUCUGAAUAGGCUGGCCUAUUCAUAAUCAGGAAUGGGAAUUUCUAGGAUGUAACUUUGCUGUUAGCUUCAUGAUGGCAGUAAUUAAUAUUCAUCUGGCCCCUCCCUGGAGUUCUGUUGCAUGCCCCUGAGGAUGAGAGGAGUGGCAGCUGCCAUCCCCAUCACACAGCUCUGUGUGAUUGAGGUGCUCACUGAUUAUACAGGCAUUAAAUAACUAAAGAAAUAAAGAAAUAAGGUGGGUGGGUAGGAAGAACUAUUAUUUAGAUUCAGGCAUCAUCAAACAAGAGAUACUUCUUGUCUUCAUCCUCACAUUGUGAAACUGAUUUGAAAGUUCACUUUGGGAUUGCAUAUAACCCUGUUUGAAUUACAACCCCCCCCCCAGACAUUUUGAUACCUGAUCGUGUGUGUGUGUGUGUGUGUGCGCGCGCGCGCGCGCCUCUCUCUCUCCCCCCUCCCUAUUCCACAACUCCCUGUUCAGAAGCUGAGUGAAUUCACAGUUGAAUCUUGCUUCAACACUGGUGUUUACAAUAUAGUAUCCUGCACCGCAGCUGAGGGCUAGAGUAGGCAGGGCAGGUGGUGUGACAUACAUAACAUGAAACUUCCUAUAAAGUCGUAAAGGAACUGACAGUUGAAAUGUGAAGAUUGUAGAGGCAGACUUGGCAAACUCUUCUGUGAACUGUCAUGGCAUGUAAUCUGAUGCUUUUGGAAGCAUAAAGUGGCUUCCCAAUGGGGAAGGUAAUGGUAUCUUCCUGGGCAAUGCUGCUUACAGAUGGGACUCCAUGGGCAGGCUGUUUUAUGGCCAUAGGGUGGUUCAGAAUGGCUUCCUUUCAUUUUCUGCUUGUUUUCAUAUCUAAAAAGCACCUUCUGGCUUUUGCACUAUAUAGGAAUUGUUGCAGUAAUGUAUUGUGUUUGUUGCAGUAACGUAUUCUGUGUGUACGUUUGUGUAUGUAGGAUGUUAGGCUGAUUUCAAUGGUACUAUUUUGUCCCUUGCUUUUGCCAUAGUCACCAUCAUUUGGCAUUUAACAUUAUGGUGAUGUGUGAUUCAGUCAGCGCUUUGUCCAUUCCAUUCCAUGCAUGCAUACCCUACUCAAUUAGUUUAGAAGGCUCUUAGGCACAAUUACCAAAACAGUAUUAAUAUGGACCCUCAAAGUCUGAAAAGACAUGAUAACGCGAGAAAAGAUGAACUCGAGCUCAAGAACAAGUUCAUGGAGUUACAGUUCUUAUGAGGCAGCUAUGUAGUUUGGUUUGCGCAGAUUUUAAUUGCCUGGAAAUCCUCUUUCCAUUGUCUGGGUUUGUUAGUGUCAGUUCUGGCUAUCUUGCCCUUAAUCAAGCUUCACUAUCUCUGAAACACUCUCUCCCCACCCCUGCUACUCCCCACCCCCCAUCAUAUCCAGAAGCAGAGCUGGUGACAGUGUCCAGGCCAGGAGGGCCAGGAGUUCCUCUGUCACAGUUCUCCCCCAGAAAGCUGGCCUGAUGGCAGUCAAGAUCCCAAGGAUGAUGUCAUACUGCUACAUCUGACACGAUGUCAUGCGCAGAUGUGAAAAAAAUCGUGCAAUUCCCUCGGCCAGUCAGCACGCACCCAUACCUUAAGAUCUCCUUCAGAGGCAGAAUUCUUGCCCUCAUUAUUCCAUCAUUUGGUGUUUGGUGACACAGGAGAGGGGCUUUUUACUUCUGGCACCAAGAUUGUGGGAUGUCCUGGGGAACUCUGUUCUGCUUCCUUGUUCCUGAUGUUUAGAUACCGGUAGUUGACUAAGGCACUCAUCUUUCAGAGAGCCUUAGGGUGCUCUGAUUGUUGUUGGGGUUUUUUGGAGGGUAGCUGAGGGAGGGGAUUGAUUGGCUGUUCAUUUACUGUUCUUUCGCUAUACCGUAGUGGGCUAUAUGACUGUUACAUUUUUUAAUUGUACAUUAAGUGCUUAAGCUUUCUUGUAAACCCAGCUAUUAUAUGUGUGCUAAUAAUUAAAACAUCAGCAUAAGCUAAGUAGAUGGGUGGGGAGAUCUACACAGAGAAGCUCACCUGCGCUGAGAGUGUAGACAAGUGAAACUCAAAGAAAAUUCUAAGCUGCCUUGCAUACCUAAAUAGCAGAAAGUUAGGAUAUAAAUCUGUCAAAUAAAAAGUAAGAAAGCAAGUUAAAAAAAGCUGCCCUUGCUUCCUGAUCUGGCUCUUGUGGGCAUCAGGGCUUAGGAUGUUGUUUUCUCUCUGCUGCUCCACUGCAUUCCUUCUAUCCCACUGAGGUUAAGAUUCCUUUGGCCUGUAAGUAAGUAAAUAAGGAGACCUCCGAGUAGCAGCAGUUGCUGGGUCGGAAGCAGCUGGGAGAACUGGGGCCGAAGCAAUGCAAAAUGUUCAGCAAUGCAAGUUAACCCUUUUUUUUUGCACUAACCAGUACAGCUCAUCAUAACACCCAAUCUGCUAUUUCGAAACAAACACUGAAAUUGGAGAAUAUUCAAUACAGCCUGACCUGAAUGUGUGAAAAUGCUGUUCAACAGCCAAUACAGAGCUGACCCUGUCGGUGUGUGUGAUAAGCUUGUGCUGGCCUAGCUGCUACCAGUUGGCCCAGUCAUGUGAAUUUAGCCCCCAAAGGGCAAGAGAAGGGCUCUGUCCUUAGAGAAAUUUGCAGUUUGAAGCAAAGAUUUCAGAACCUGCACUGCACUUUAGAAGGUGUUGUCCUCUGAUUUACUGUUUACUGCUGUUUCCCCCCUCUCGCUUUUUCUUUCUUUUUGUUGGCAUUUGUCUGUUUUGGGAGGCAAUGGAAGAGUGCGCCUUCUUUUUUAUCCUGUCACUGUGAAUAAAUGAUCAAUACUUCUGGACUAAAUUCGAGGCAGAAAUGGUGGUACAUGGUGAGAGAAACUGCUUAAAAGGGGGAGGUUGUAUCUGAGUUUUAUUUUGCAAUUGUAAAAUGAUGCAGUUGAGACCAAGUGGAAGACUUGAGGAGGGGGCAGAGGUAGUUAGGUUUCUCAUUCCCAAGAGCAGGCUUGGAAAGAGCCGAUGACCCACUGGAUGCUGUUGGGCUACAACUCCCAUCAGCCCCAGCCACUAUGAACAGGGAUGGUGGAAGAUGUAGCCAAGCAACAUCUGGAGAACCACAGGUUUCCCACCCCACCCCACUUCACCCCUGCCCCUAAACCUUCUCCACCCUCAGCCCCAUGAUGAAGUUUCAUGAUUAUAACACAGUUCCUAAAAGGAAAGCAAAUAUUUAAGUCCACGUGGCAGCUUGGUUUAAAUGCAGUUGGUUACAGUCACGGAGAACGGGUGUAUCUCAGUAUCCCUAUAAUAGGAGACUGGGUUUUGGACUUCAUGGGAAUGAGAGAUGUUGCUCCAACCAGCUCUGCUCUAAGUAGGGAUGCUACCAAAUUCACUGUCUUCCAGCUAUUGUGUUCAGUGAGCAGUCUUACUGGCAGUUGCCUUCUUUCGGGAGAUGCUGUCUCCUUGCUUUGUUGUAGGACAUGAGCCAUUAAUGCCAUGUGCCAGUUCCUUGCUCCCUGAGCCACUGCCUGGAAGAGAGAAGUGUAGGCAAUUCAGGCCAGUGUAUUGAUGUCCAGAAUCCCUCUGGUUCCUGGGAAUGGGGGCUGGAGGAAUUAAAAUGGUAGGGACUUGCCAUGCACACAAUUCUACCUGCCAAUAUGUAUGUAUGUAUGUAUGUAUGUAUGUAUGUAUGUAUGUAUGUAUGUAUGUGCUAAUGGAAGCCAAUAUUUUUCAGCCCUUUGGAAAGAAAUGGAUGACCUGUGUCACUUUGCCCCUGACAGCAAAUAGUUUUUAAGUUCCUCUUGAGAAGGAUCUGACAGUGCAUCAGUGCCUUGAGAAACAUGGCAACAGCAUGACUGGCACUAUGGGCUCAGCUGUGCAAUUGCUGAAUCCCAGCAGGAUUGGCCAUGCUUUCAGAGGAAGCAAGAUCUCAAAGUCCCACCAAGCCUUAAGUCAUUGUUCUCCUUCACUGCAUGCUCUUAGAGUGCCAUGCUUGCCUCCCAUUUCCCCCUGAGCUUUCUUAAGCUUCUGUUGUGAUGCUAACACACCAACAUAGGUGAGUAGAGAAGAUCUCUGGGUAAUACACUCUGAAUGUGAACACUCUAUAUCAAGUGUGUAACCAACAUGGUUCUCUUCAGUUGCUGUGGACUCCAUCAGCCCUGCUGGUCAGGGAUGAUGGUAGUUGUAGACCACAACAUCUGAAGGGUGCCAUUUUGGUUAUCUCUGCUGUGCAUCCUAGCCAGUACAGCCACACCAUCUGGCGAUGCCUCAGGGUGGUGGUCAUAGGCAACAACCUUCCCCUAUCUUUUGUUCCUAGCAGCUGGUAUCCAGAGGUAUACUGCCUCUAGAAAUGGAAGUUCACUCUAGCUUUCAUGGCUAAUUGCUGUUGAGGCCUAUCCUCCACUUGGGUUGCUGAAGGGACACCCACCAAGCAAUGCAAGUGAUCUUCAGAGUUUUGUUGCUCUCUCUUCUGCUCAUAUAAUACUUUAUACUAUUUCUUUUUUCUUUUUGGAAAUGAGUGUUUAUAAACACACACACACACACACACACACACACACACACACACACGUGUACGUUUGAUUUCUGUUCAGGAGAAACAUGAAGUUUGUACAUGCUUCAAGGUAUUGAUAAUUUGAUUCAUGUGCAUUAUUAUAGAGCUGGCAAAGCAGCAGCACUAAUGAGAAGCUUUUCACAGUCUAAUGGGGUGUUCUAAACAUGUGCAUUUAGUCAGUAGAUCAGUAUAUGUUUGCUACUAGUAUCUAUCUGCCGUACAGUUUGCUGUUUGUAAAGCAAGGGUUCCCGAUGUUGUGGGUUCUGCUUGUGUCAGUGCUGACAAAAUCAGGACCAAAGUUUAUGGUUGCAAAAUGGAACUUUAUUAUUUUCCUGCCUGUAGAGGGGGUGGGGAAACACAAUCUGUGCAAGAUACUGUGGGAUGGGUGGGGGGAACUGCUAGUAAUGCUUCAUGGGACUUUUUAUUUUUUCAAGAAAUGUUGUACAACAUAAUCUGAAGCUGUUGACACUUUAUGCAUGUUAGUAAUAGAAAUAAAUAAAGCUUUUAAGACAAUUUC